AUGAUUGAGGCCUGUGCAAAAGUCGAUCCAAAUAAACUAAAUAUUCACAUUGUCGCUCACAGUCAUAAUGAUGUAGGCUGGUUAAAAACCGUGGACGAAUAUUACUACGGAAGAAAAAAUAAUAUACAAAUAGCAGGCGUCCAGUAUAUCCUUGAUUCGGUAAUAAAAUCUUUGCAAGAAGAUCCAGAAAGAAGAUUUAUUUAUGUGGAAUCAGCGUAUUUGUUUAAGUGGUGGGACAAACAAAAUGAAAAAACAAAGACAAUUGUUCGAUCCUUAAUAAAUGAAGGAAGACUCGAAAUAAUUGGAGGAGGAUGGAGCAUGAAUGAUGAAGCAGUGACGCACUAUCAGUCUGUAAUUGAUCAAUUUUCUUGGGGUUUUAGGAGAUUGAAUGACACUUUCGGAGAAUGUGCGAGGCCUAAAAUUGGAUGGCAAAUUGAUCCCUUCGGACACUCAAGAGAACAGGCAUCAAUGUUUGCCCAAAUGGGAUUCGAUGGUCUACUUUUUAGCCGCCUUCAUUAUGAAGAUAAAUCAGAACGAUUCGCGGCUAAAACGGCAGAAUUCAUUUGGAGGGGUAGUCCCAGUUUAGGCGAGAAUGCUAAUUUAUUUACAUCUAUACUGUAUAACAUGUAUCGUUCACCGGAGGGUUUUUGUUUCGACAUUACUUGUAAAGACGAACCUUUAAUUGAUGACCCUGACAGUCCAGAUUUCAAUAUAGAUAAAAGAGUGGAAGAAUUUCUGGGUUUCGUUAACAGUCAAGCAAGAUCCUACAGGACAAAUAAUGUUAUACUUACUAUGGGAACAGACUUUACAUAUCAAGUGGCAAAUUCGUGGUAUACUAAUUUGGACAAACUUAUCAGAUAUAUUAAUUUCCAUAAAGGAACCAAAUAUAAUGCAAUUUAUUCAACUCCGUCUUGCUACUUAAAAGCUGUAAAUGAAGAAAAAAUAUCAUGGCCGUCGAAAAGUGAUGAUUUCUUUCCUUAUGCCUCUGAUAGCCAUUCAUAUUGGACUGGUUACUAUACUUCUCGACCAACAAUAAAAUAUUUUGAAAGAAUGGGCAACAACUUUUUACAAGUAGUAAAACAGCUUUCCGUUCUAAGUAAUGAGCCAAAUAAUGCGAAAUUGGACAAAUUCCGUGAAGCCAUGGGCAUUUUACAACAUCACGAUGCUAUCACAGGAACAGAACAAGAACACGUUGCACACGAUUAUGCUCGAAUCUUAUCCAAAAGUAUAACAGAUGCAGAGGAAAUAAGUUCCUAUGCCUUGAGGAAAAUGUUACUAAAUGGCAAAAUGUUUGCAAAAACAGAGUAUCCGGAAUUCUUUUCAUGUCCACUAUUAAAUAUUAGUUCAUGUGAGUACACAGAAAAUAGCAAAAAUUUUGUUGUGACUGUUUACAACCCAACAAGUCAGCCACUGAGUAGUUAUGUUCGACUUCCUGUCAACGGGACAUCAUAUAGAGUAAAAAAUCACAAAGGAAGCGAAAUCGUAACACAAGUAGUACCAAUUUCGAAACCAAUUAAAAAAAUCCCUGGUCGAAAAACCUCUGCUUCAUAUGAACUUAUAUUUUUGGCAAGUAGAAUACUUCCUUUAGGUUAUUCAUCAUUUUAUGUCAGCCAACAUUCUCGGGAAAGUCGAGUUGAAUCGAACGCGUUAGAAGGAAAUAAAAGUACUGGCGGGUCAAAUAAGGCAUUUAGUAUCAGUGUUGACACAAGUGGAAAAGUUAUUAUCGAAUCUAAAAUUAAGAGAGGAGUUCAAUUAACACAAUCAUUCCAUUACUAUGAGGGAACUCAAGGUAAUAACCGGGGAGUUAAGAAUCGUGCUUCUGGUGCCUAUAUCUUUAGGCCGAAUCAAACUACUGGACUUCGCGAUUUUCACUUUAAAGGACAUUUCCAACUACACAGAGGUCCCUUGGUUGAUGAGCUUCAAAUGACUGUUAACGAAUGGAUCAGCCAGGUUGUCAGAGUUUACGCUGAGGACGAAAGAAUUGAAUUUAACUGGCUAGUUGGGCCCAUUAAUAUCGAUGACAAGAUUGGGAAAGAAAUAAUAACCAAAUACACAACACAUUUGCGAUCAAAUGGGGAAUUUUCAACAGACAGCAAUGGCCGAGAAAUGUUGAAACGAAAGAGAAAAGUUGUGCAAUCCACAUGGGAUUCACAGUUCAGCGAGCCAGUUGCUGGAAAUUACUAUCCAGUAACGACGAAAAUUUCCCUAAAAGAUGAAGAAAGAAAUUUGAAACUGGCUGUACUUACUGACAGGGCACAAGGAGGAAGUAGUUUGAGGGAUGGUGAAAUUGAACUGAUGGUUCAUCGAAGGUGUUUGAAGGAUGAUGACCAAGGUGUGAGACAAGCUUUGAAUGGGACUGCUUACGGAAUGGGAGUAGUAGCCAGGGGGAAACAUUCUGUGCUUGUUGGAAGCCAGUCCAAUGAAUUCGUGCUUCAGGAGAAAAAUGAGGCUCUGAGAUUGUCCCUUCAACCCUGGAUUUUUAUUACUCCUCUUGAAACCACAUCAUACGAUGACUGGAAGGAAAAUUAUAAGAUGCAUAUGUCUGGCCUGGCUAAAAGCUUGCCUCGCAGCGUUCGUAUUCUGACGUUAGAACCAUGGAGAGACGGAAGUGUUUUAUUGAGACUGGAGCACCUCUUUGAAUCAGACGAAUCAGUCGAAUUUUCUAAACCUGUGAUAGUAAAUUUAGAGGAUCUAUUCUCAGAUUUCACUGUGACUGCAGCUCAUGAAACAACACUGGGUGGUAAUCAGUGGUUGGAGGAUAACGAACGUCUCAAAUGGGUUCCUGACAAAGACUAUGUUGUAGGAAACAAUUAUACUUUCAAGCCCAUUAUGUCUGAAAAUGAGAUGGAUGUGCUCUUGAUGCCAAUGCAAAUUCGUACCUUUAUUGUGGAUCUCAUACCAUACGUUAAUAUAUUUCACGAAAAUAAUACAGGGAGAGCCGGGAGAUCUAAACGAUGCUGAGUCCACUUUUGAUGAAAUUGAGUUAUAUGGAAAAACCAUACUUUAUCGCUUCUUUAUAGCUUUUCAGUAAAAGAAUCAUGUUUUGCAAUUUUCCAUCCUUCAAUUUAUUAUUUAUAAUUAUUGAAACAUUAAAACUUUUUAAACAAUCAAAACUGGAUGAGUGAAGUUUACUACAAGGUUCAACUUUUUAAACCAUUCUAUGGUUAUCAUAGGAUUUUAACAAGUAAUAAUCUAUUCCUCAAAAAAGUAUAAGUUAUUUAAUUGGUUGUAAAAUGUUUCUUUAUAAAUGUUUUUUGUUUCUUUUGUAAAAUUAGGAUGAUUGGACUUAGCAACAAGUAGAAUUCUCGGCUUUAAUUGUAAAAUUUAAAACAAUGUGUUUU